AUGCUUAUUGUUGGUCGAGCCAUUGCUGGGAUUGGAAAUUCUGGGAUUCAGAAUGGAUGUGUUACUAUCAUCGCUGGAAUUGUUCCAUUGCAGAAACGCCCGGCCUUGCUUGGUGUCGCGAUGGGGAUCUCUCAACUAGGUCUCGCUUCCGGGCCCUUGGUAGGAGGGGCGCUGACUGAAUACACAACCUGGCGAUGGUGUUUCUGGAUUAACCUACCGAUUGGAGCAGUCGUAGCCGCGUUGAUUAUCAUGAUUCGCAUUCCAGAUCCUAUCCCUAAACUACCUCCUAUCGCCGUCCUUCGCACUCUGCAUACAAAACUGGAUUUCAUUGGAUUCGCUGGUUUUGCAGGAGCUACUAUCAUGUUGCUCAUGGCAAUUCAAUUUGGUGGCAACCAAUACCCCUGGGGUAGCCCGACUGUCAUCGGGCUGUUCUGCGGCUCCGGCGUCACUUUCUUCAUUUGGCUUGCCUGGGACUGGAAGAAUGGAGACAACGCUCUUAUCCCACUGGCACUAAUGAGCCAGAAAGCUGUGUGGUCUAGCUGCGCUACAUAUGGCUUAUCGAUGGGAUCGCUAUUUACCACUUCAUACUUUCUGCCAGUGUAUUUUCAAGGUGUUCUAGGAGCCUCCCCUCUAAUCAGUGGUCUUCAGCUACUUCCGAACAUUAUCCCUCAAUUAUUGAUGGCUGUGCUGAGUGGAACACUAGUCUCCAAACUCGGAUACUACCUACCAUUCAGUCUGAUAGGGGCAGUAUUGAUUUCCAUAGCAGCCGGUCUCAUCUCAACGUACUCGCUCACAACACCCCUUGCCCGAAGAAUUGGUUUCCAGAUUAUACUGGGCGCUGGCUACGGUCUCGGGCUGCAAAUGCCAAUGAUCGCCAUCCAAAACUCCGUCCAACCGCAGCAAAUUCCCGUCAGCGUGGCGAUGUUGAUGUUUUGUCCACAACUGGCCGGAGCCUUACUCGUCAGCUUUGGGAAUACCAUUUUCUCCAACAGUCUCAGAACUCUAAUCCCACAAUACGCCCCCUCCGUCGAUCCCGACACUGCUAUCGCUGCGGGGGCGACGGGUCUUCGGAGUGCGGUCCCGUCAUCCGUCCUUGAAAAUGUCUUGAUUGCUUAUGCCAAGAGUGUGGAUCGUGUAUUCUACUUGGGGGCCGCUUGUGGCGCUUGCACUUUUCUCUUGGCAUGGGGAAUGGGAUGGAAAGAUAUCCGAAAGACCAAGGAACCGCAGCCAUCUCAGCCGCAACAAGCACAGGAACAGGAAAAGCCUUGA